UUGCAGUCAUACUAUGUCUAGAAGUACGCGUGCCAAGCUAUGCCUUUCAUUUUUUGGGUGUACUCCGGUCCUUCUGUAACUUUCCUUGAGACGUUCGUCUGAGGACUUUGGAACUUUGUCACCAUCAGAGUGUGUGUGUGUGUGUGUUAGCCAGUCCUUCCUUAACUGUUCUUGAGACACUCGUCGUCUGAGAUUGUGCCAGCCUGUGUGUGUGUGGGCCAGGCGGGCUAUGCCAUGUGAUGCCAGUGAGGCGCCAUGUUCAACCUGGACGGUCUGGAGAUGAUCGCGGUGCUGGUGGUCAUGGGCCUCUUCAUCAAGGUGCUGGAGCAGUUUGGCCUCUUCGAGCCCGUCGGAGGCGAAGACAGCAUUGAGGAUGACUUUGAGCUGUCCACCGUGUGCCACCGGCCGGAGGGACUGGACAAGCUGCAGGAGCAGACCAAAUUCACCAAGAAGGAGCUGCAGGUCCUCUACAGAGGCUUCAAAAACGAAUGCCCCAGUGGUGUGGUAAAUGAGGAGACCUUUAAACACAUCUACUCUCAAUUCUUCCCACAGGGAGAUUCAAGUACAUACGCUCACUUCCUGUUUCAGGCGUUUGACACAAAUAACGACGGCUCCGUACGUUUUGAGGACUUUGUCGCGGGCCUCUCCAUCAUCCUCAGAGGGUCAGUAAACGACAGACUAAACUGGGCCUUCAACCUGUACGAUCUGAAUAAGGACGGCUGUAUCACCAAAGAGGAGAUGAUGGAUAUUAUGAGGUCUAUCUAUGACAUGAUGGGCAAGUACACCUAUCCCUGCAUGCAGGACGAUGCCCCGCGGGAACAUGUGGAGAACUUCUUUCAGAAAAUGGAUCGAAAUAAAGAUGGUGUGGUGACUAUUGAGGAGUUCAUCGAGUCAUGCGAAAAGGAUGAGAACAUCAUGCAGUCCAUGCAGCUGUUUGACAACGUGAUUUAGGAUGAAGGUCAACCAAUGGGGGGUCGGAAUAGGUGAGGGGGGGUGUGCUUUGGCCUUCGCUGUGUGGACUUU